AUGCUACCCGUGCACGUUGGACCCAAUCGUGACAAUGGAGGAAAGAUGGCAAAAAAAAAAAAAGACUGCCAAGACAGCUGUGGAUAACUUGAUCUCCUCGCCUACACUCACACAGUGCAGCUUUUUUUACCCUCUUCGUGUUGACCAUGCUCUCCAAGACCUCAUAGGAUCCACACUACAGGGCGACAGUUCAGGCACAUCACCGACUGAAUGAGCCCCACCCCAGCCAGCCAUCGAAGGGACCCUUGUCCCAUGUCGGGCCGGCCGGGAACAGAUUGGGAGCCCUGCUUUGCUAGCUAUUCCCUCUCCUACCCCAAAGGCUUUCCAAAACUCGAACGGAUGUGACCCAUGCGUCCCAACUAUCCACCCACCUGGAUGGCCUGCCUUGCCGGCGCGCGCUUCUUGUCUCGAUGCGAAGCCCAGCCCAAUCAUUCGAACCCCCCAUGUCGGUGCGUCAAGCAGGGUGAAUGGGCCAAGAAAGACAGAAUUGGAACCCAGCUUAUUUCUCUCCCCGCCAACUUUGCGGUUCCUUUUCUUUCUUUUGGCGUGCCUCCACUUCGUUGCCAUCAUCCUCUCACUCAGCGCGCCUUACUUCACCUGCCCAGGGCAGCAGUUCGUUGACCGUGGAGUAAUGAACGACACAGUCGCCAGCUAUAGACAGUAGCUCGCCAGCUUCAGCUCGAAGCAAGGCUACAUUCGUCUUCCCGCUUUGCUGCAGUCGACGCUUAUCAGCAAAUCACAAUUAGCUGAAUCGCAGGCACCCCUCUGGCCUCCUCGUUGAGUGCUGUCCGUUCGCUAUACCAAAAACGUCCACACUGCUUAUCGUAGUGUGACGGCCCACUGUCGUUACUUUAAGACACCGUCGAUUCCCUCGUUAUUCAACACCAACGCGCAUCUCAUAUCAACUUUGGAGCUCUGAAGCCACCCAAGUGACAGGUCAUACCGCUGCCUCGACCGUCACGCCAUCAUGGGACUCGGCAGCUACUUCAAGGCUGACAAGCCUUCAGCCUCCCCUCCAACAUCAUCUCCAACGACACCCGCUGCAGUGUCUGGCUCCGGCAAACUGUCCGCCCCUCCACCCAGCCAUGUGCGGUCCUCGGGGCGAUCACCGGGCAGCAAUGGAGAAAAGAGCGGAGCCGGCGGCGGCAACGAUUAUGAGUUGCAGCCGCCAUCUACACGCUUCAGCUCCCGGCCAGCCAGUAUCUCGGCUCGGUCGUAUAGGUCUAACAACAGCUCUGUCAUCGUUGAGGACAUCAAGCACGAGGUCAUGGUCAACUACAUGUACCAGCAACAGUGUUCUCAGCUCUGGGUUUCUGACGGUAGUGGUGAGGUUGAGGGCGUACUCCUUCGCAAGUUCAAGGGGCAGUAUAUGGCUUGCCCGCCACAACUAGGCACCUCGCCAUUCGCAGUUGCUUGUGCUGCGCUUAAUGUCCAGUGCGAUGGCCUGCUGACACAACAAACCUUGCAGUGCGCCAUGACUGUCAACUCUAGAGUCAUCAGGACGUUCCUACAGUGGAUGCCCGACGCAGUUGACGUGCCCUUGAUGAACGGCCUUCGCGUGCAGAUCUUGCCUACCAUUGAAGACCUCCCACGUGCAAGGAAGCACCAGUUCGCUGCCUUUGUAGCCUCGGAGGGGCUGCUUGUGGUAUGGGAUGAUGAUGCUCUCCACCUGAUUCAGAGGGCAAAGCAGAUUGAAGCCGAGCUGAUGGAGCUGGUCUGGAAGGCCGGGAAUGAAGACGACGAUGACGAGAAGAAGGGAGGUGGAGAUGUGGCCGAGUAUGAGAUUGACGAGGAGAGUGGUGAGAUCAAGCCCGAGAAGCGACCGGUUCACCUUUUGAACAGCUGGCUCGUCUGCUUCACCCUCGUCCUGGUCACAGUUUCGCUCGGUGCUGCGUGGAGAGAACUCACAAUCCAGGUCCUCGUCGACGGAAGUUACAUCCGUUUGGCUCUCAUUGGACUUGCCCCUCUGCAGAUCUUCUUCACUCUUUUCUUCGCUCAGGUCAUUGUCGGUUGCUUGGCACAGAUAUUUGGCCCGGUCCGGCAGCUGACCAUCAACUCCAAGUUCUACUCGGCACGCACUCCUCCGAGAUUGCAGACCGCCAACCUUCCCCACGUCACAGUCCAGUGCCCCGUGUACAAGGAGGGUCUUCAGGGUGUCAUUAUGCCAACAGUCAAGUCCAUCAAGCAGGCCAUGUCGACCUAUGAGCUCCAAGGCGGGUCAGCCAACAUGUUUGUUAACGACGAUGGUCUGCAACUCAUCACGGAAGAGGAGCGUCGUGCUCGCAUCGACUUUUAUGCUGACAACAGUAUCGGCUGGGUGGCUCGUCCCAAGCAUGGUGAGAAUGGCUUCUUGAGACGUGGAAAGUUCAAGAAGGCGUCCAACAUGAACUUCGCCCUGAUGAUCUCGUGCAAGGUCGAGGAGGAGCUCGAAAAGGUCCAGCGUGGCCCUGAGUGGACACAACACGACGAGGCUCAGGCUUAUGAACAUGCUCUGAAGGAGGUACUGGAGAAGGAUGGCCGUGCCUGGGCUGAUGGCAACAUCCGUGUCGGUGACUACAUCCUCAUCAUCGAUUCCGACACCCGAGUUCCCGCCGACUGCCUCCUUGAUGCCGUUUCCGAGAUGGAGCAAUCACCCGAUGUCGGUAUCAUGCAGUUCUCCUCGGGCGUCAUGCAGGUUGUUCAUACAUACUUCGAGAACGGUAUCACAUUCUUCACCAACCUGAUCUACUCCGCCAUCAGAUACACCGUCUCCAACGGCGACGUGGCGCCCUUUGUCGGUCACAAUGCCAUCCUUCGCUGGUCCGCAAUCCAGCAGGUCUCGUACGAGGACGAGGACGGGUACGAAAAGUUCUGGUCCGAGAGCCACGUGUCUGAAGACUUUGACAUGUCGCUUCGGUUGCAGUGCGCCGGAUACAUCAUCCGCUUGGCAGCAUGGGCAGGCGAAGGCUUCAAGGAAGGUGUUUCGCUGACCGUAUAUGACGAGCUGGCCCGAUGGGAAAAGUAUGCCUACGGCUGUAACGAGCUGUUGUUCCACCCCAUCCGCAAGUGGCUGUGGAAGGGUCCUUUCACACCACUGUUCCGCCGCUUCCUCUUCAGCAACAUCCGCUUCACGUCCAAGAUCACAGUCAUCUCAUACAUUGGAACUUACUAUGCUAUCGGUGCGGCGUGGAUCAUGACGUGUGUCAACUAUUUCCUGAUGGGCUGGUACAACGGGUACUUGGACAAGUACUACGUCGACAGCUGGAAGGUUUGGUUCUCGAUCAUCAUCGUUUUCAACGGACUCGGUAACGUUGCGCUUGCUCUUAUGCGAUACAGGCUGGGCGAACGCAGCCUCUUGUACGCAUUCUUCGAGAACUUCAAGUGGACUCUGAUGUUGGCCAUCUUCCUCGGUGGCCUAUCGCUUCACGUUUCCCAGGCACUGCUGGCGCACAUGUUUGAGAUCAACAUGACAUGGGGCGCAACUGCCAAGGAGGCCGAAUUUUCGAACUUUUUCAUCGAGGUUCCCAAGGUUUUGAAGAAGUUCAAAUUCUCAAUGAUCUUCUCGACCGUUUUCAUCGCCGGCAUGGUGAUACUCGCCGUCGCGCCCUUUGUGCCACACGACUGGCGAAUCACCGAUUUCGUGGCUAUUCUGCCCAUGGCCACCAUUGCAGCCUCACACUUUUUGCUGCCGCUGGCCCUCAACCCUGCCCUUAUGACGUUCUCGUGGUAAUAGCGGCGGUGGGUAGAGAUGACUAGUGGAUGCACAACAUGGAUGGAUAAGAGUCGCUUUAUUUUCAGUGAUCUAUCUUUACAUUGCCUUGCUUUACUUGGCCCGUGUGUCUUGCAGUUAGCAGCGCUUUGUCUAAAAUGUUUUCCGUUUUGUUCCUUGGGUAUCUAAAUUUUGCGAGUUGAGUUACUCUAAUAGCUCUAGAGAUACAGUACAGGCUUAGGCUGGGAUGGGUUUAGACAUAUACAUGAACGAUACUUAACGAGACCAUGAGCAUAC